UUCUUCUUCAUUCUCUCAUCUGAUUCAAUCGACUAUUUCAAACUUCAACAAUGGCGGAUCUAAGUUACAAUUUGUUCGCCAGAUUGUUAGACGGAACCACAAGGAAUCUACUAAUUUCAUCUCCAUCAGUUGCAAUUCACGACAUCAAGAAUCGUAUUCAAGAAAUCUCCGGCAUCCCAAUCCAUAAUCAACGCCUUGUAUCCGGUGGUCUACAUCUCGAUGAUGAUUCCGUUUUGGAAGCGUACGAAGAUUCCAAUGAUUACCCAACUUUGCACCUCGUUCUUCGUCUUCCGGGAGGUAAGGGAGGUUUCGGAUCUCUUCUUCGUGGUGCUGCUACUAAGGCAGGACAGAAGAAGACGAGCAAUUUCGAUGCUUGUCGAGAUAUGAGUGGAAGGAGGCUACGACAUGUGAACGCGGAGAAGAAGUUGGAGGAAUGGAAGGCUGAUGCGGAGCAGAGGAAGCUAGAGAAGGUUGCGGAAGAUUAUAUUAAGAAGAAUACGAAAGCGGCGAAGAAGGGGGGAGGAUCAGGGGGGACGGAUAAGUAUGUGGAGAAAUAUCGUCAGGAUUCUGCGAAGUGUAUGGAGAAGGUUGAGAAAUCGGUUAGAGAAUCGCUUUUAAGUUCUAAAAGGAAGAUUGGUGGGGAUAAGAUCAGCAAAUCGGAUGCUAAAAGGGUGAAGAUAUGGAUGGGUAAGAGGAAAAUGGGAGAUAGUGAGAGUGAAGAUUCAGAUGACAGUGAUAGGGAAGAGGAAGAGAAUGUGAAGUCGGUUGUCUUAGAUAAUGAGAAAAAUUCCGACUCGGAUAAGGAAAUAGGUGGAAGUUCAGUUUCAGUUACAGGUGGCGAAUUAACAUAUGGUCCUUCAAGUGGUUGCAAUUCUGAUGAAGAGAAGAGGAGUGUGUCAUUGAACCAAUCUGAAGAUAGUUCUGACGAACAAGUUUUAAGCAAAACAGAAAACCAAGUUGUUCAUGAUGAAGACACGGUUGUGCUAGGAGAUGCAACUGUUUCUAGAACUGAAGGUUUUGAGACUGAGAAAGUGGAAUUAGACAAAGAUGAACCUUCUCUUGCAGGAAAAAAUGUUGAUCAACCAUCCAAUAUUGCAUCCUCAUUGAACGUGAAUGCUUCUGAAUGUAAAAAUGUAGAUGAUUCAUCCACUCCAUUAGCUCUGAAUGAUUCCAUGGUGCUCAAGGAUGCUGCUUUGGAUGUGAAGCCACUGAAUCUGAAUGAGGUCAAUUCAGCUUCCGAAUUAGAGGUAUGUUCCCAUGAGUUAUUUUCUUAUCUGGAUUCAUAUUCAGAUGAGAAUUAUGAAAGAAUGGUGUUUCCAAGUGAAACCAUGUGGUAUCUCACAUUCCUCAUUCGUAUGCAGGUUUUCGGUCUGGAAAGGUUAAAAUCUGAACUGCAAGCCAAUGGGCUGAAAUGUGGAGGGACGCUGAAAGAACGCGCCUCCAGGCUUUUCCUUCUCAAGACUACACCUUUGGAGAAGAUUCCGAAGAAACUGCUAGCAAAGAACUAAAGUGUUUGAUAUCGCGAAGAACUCAUAUGCCCCGUUUGAAACACUUUAGUAAAGGUAUUUUAGUUGACAAUCCCAAUAUGUUAUUGGAACUGUCAAGUACAUUUCUCAAUAUGUAUCGCCCUAAGUUCAAAAAUAUCCUGUUUUUAAAUAUGAUCUUAUCUGAGUGAACCCUAAUUCGGUUGGAGUUUGACCGUUUUGUGUUGUAUAUACUAACAAGACAUAUCGAAUGUGGCUAAAAAUGUUUUUUCCUGAA